AUGUCAUCUAUUGAAAUAUCCAGAUAUGAAAAUCAGACAGCAGUAAAAUAUUUUACCCUUCUGGGUUAUUCAUCAUAUUCAUCCGUCAUAUGUUUUUUGAUUUUUUGUUUUUACAUAACCAUUCUUAUUGGCAACUCCUGUAUUUUUACCAUAGUAAAAUUUGAUUCCAGCCUCAACACUCCAAUGUAUUUUUUCAUAAGUAAUCUCUCACUUUUGGACAUCUGCUACUCCUCUGUCACUCUUCCAGUAAUGUUUUCCAAUUGUAUCUCUGGAAACAGAAAGAUUUAUUUCAGUAAAUGUAUUAUGCAGUUGUAUUUGUUUGUAUCUUUAGGUGGAGCGGAGUGUAUCCUACUAGCUGUGAUGGCAUAUGAUCGCUUUGUUGCUAUAUGCAACCCUUUGCGUUAUUUGAUAGUGAUGCACAACCGACUCUGCACAAGCCUUGCCGCUAUGUCUUGGCUAAGCGGUUUCUUAAACUCUAUCCUUCAUACGAUUAUGACAUCUAAUCUUUCCUUCUGCUGGCUCAAUCAGGAAAUAAAUCACUUUUUUUGUGAUGUACCUCCACUCAUACAGGUAGCUUGUAACCCCACACAGACCAGUAAAAUAUUACUUUAUGUGGUCAGUGUGUUCCUGGGAAUAAGUCCCUUUCUCUAUAUUGUCAUAUCAUAUGUCCAUAUCAUCUCCACAGUUAUUAGAAUAAGUUCUUCUGAUGGGCGGGGAAAAGCCUUUUCUACUUGCUCGUCUCAUCUGAUUGUUGUGACUGUAUUUUAUUUGACAGCAAACUUUAAUUACGUGGGGCCAACCUCUGGUUAUUCUCUGGAAGUCGAAAUAUUUGCUUCUUUGUUGUACAGCAUUUUAACUCCUCUUUUAAACCCAAUUAUUUACUGCUUGAGAAACAAGGAAGUAAAGAAUGCCUUGGGAAAAACAUUUAGGAGAAUUUAUUUUAAGACUUAUAAGUAAAAUUGCAAUUUUGUUAAUAAAGUCUAACAAAUGUAGGAAUGAGCAUGGAUUGCUGCUUGAAGAUGAAGGCAUGCUCUA